AUGGUUUAAAAUGAUUCUGAAGCUACAAAGUAAUCCAGUGAAUUACAAACAGGAUCCAAGAAAAUCACCAAACAAUAAGGUCACUGGAAUCAGAUAGAACACAAUACCUAUCUCAAAUUUUUAUAGGAGAAUGCCAAUCACACAAAAGGCUAAAGAUUAUUCAAGAAAAUGAGUUAAGUUGUUGCCACUCGUACACCAAGUCAAUGCAGGUAAGAACCCAUAAUAUAAGAUCGCAUCACUAAAAAUUUAAUCCAUAAAAGACCAAAUCUUAUUCUAAGAAUACAAGAUUAUUAUGGAGAUCCAAACAAUAUGCCAGAAGCUACUUUGCUUUACACAAAUAAUCUGAUGAAUCUAGAAAUUGAUAUGUCUUUUGUAUUUAUACUCAAAUAUUGUUAAUUUUAUUUUAAAGAUAGUAUCAUAGCUAUUAAAAAUCUAUAUAAUUUAUUAGAUUCAAAUCAAGUUUUUCCCUUUCUCUUGUUAUAUCCUUUCUUUUUAUGA